GUCCCUUACGCUUGUCUCGUCUCUCUCUCUCUACUUUCUCUUUCUCUCUCCUUCUUCCUCUUCCAGAGCUUUCCACCUUUCAAUUACUGUCUUCCAUUUGUUUAAAUAUCAUUGCGCCUUUCCUUUCCUUUUCCCCAGUUUCUCUUUUCGUGUUCUUCCGAAAAUUCCAGAAGAGAAGGAUAAUAGACGAGUGUUUUCGUUUCCAGUUUCUGAGGAUUGGUUGUUGUUUAUUGGGGCUGGAAAUUCGACAGUUUGAUCCAAAUAAUCAAAGUGUUUCGAUCUGUUUUUUUUUUUUUUUUUAAUUAUUGGAAUCAAUAUCUCGUGUUCGCGGAUUCGAAGCUUCAUUCGGUACUAGUUUCUUCAUUGGAUGUUGCUUCGAAUCGUCUUCGAUUUGUAGGGUUUUACGAAAUUCAAAAGUUCCAUGGACAGUUCGGAGACAUAGAUUGCAGAUAUACUAAGCUUUAAAGGGCAUCUGAAUCUCUUGCAUUUGUAAUUUUAGUCUGAUAACAUUAUUAAGUAUUGGGUGAUUGGAGAAUAGGCUGACACAAUGACUGUUGGGUUGAGCUUUGUGGUCUCAAAGUUGCAGAUGUUAUCUACUUCCGAUCAUGCCUCGGUGGUCUCUAUGAACCUCUUUGUGGCACUUCUUUGUGCUUGUAUUGUAAUUGGUCAUCUUCUGGAGGAGAAUCGAUGGAUGAAUGAGUCAAUCACAGCCCUUGUGAUUGGUCUGUGUACUGGAGUUGUUAUUUUGUUGAUUAGCGGGGGAAAGAGCUCGCAUCUUCUUGUUUUUAGUGAAGAUCUCUUCUUUAUUUAUCUUCUGCCUCCUAUUAUAUUCAAUGCCGGGUUUCAAGUGAAAAAGAAGCAGUUCUUCAAAAACUUUAUAACUAUCGUGCUUUUUGGUGCGGUUGGUACAUUAAUAUCCUGCACCAUCAUAACACUAGGUGCUACACAACUUUUCAAGAAGAUUGGUAUUGAUUCCCUGGAUAUAGGGGAUUAUUUAGCUAUUGGUGCUAUUUUUGCUGCAACAGAUUCUGUGUGUACGUUGCAGGUACUUAACCAGGAUGAGACACCUUUACUCUACAGUCUUGUCUUUGGAGAGGGUGUCGUCAAUGAUGCUACAUCAGUGGUGCUUUUCAAUGCAAUUCAGAACUUUGAUCUUACUCAUAUUGAUUCGAAAACUGCUUUGCAAUUCCUUGGAAAUUUCCUAUAUUUGUUUGCUGCAAGCACUCUUCUAGGAGUGUUAACUGGGCUACUUAGUGCUUACGUUAUCAAAAAGCUCUAUUUUGGCAGGCACUCGACAGAUCGUGAGGUUGCCCUUAUGAUACUCAUGGCAUACCUUUCGUACAUGCUAGCAGAAUUGUUAAAUUUGAGUGGCAUCCUCACUGUUUUCUUUUGUGGGAUUGUUAUGUCGCAUUACACAUGGCAUAAUGUGACAGAGAGCUCAAGAAUAACUACCAAGCAUGCAUUUGCAACCUUGUCGUUUGUUGCUGAGAUUUUUAUCUUCCUUUAUGUUGGUAUGGAUGCCUUGGACAUUGAAAAAUGGAGAUUUGUAAGUGAUAGCCCUGGAAAAUCAGUGGCGGUGAGUUCAAUAAUGCUGGGUUUGGUUCUUGUUGGAAGAGCAGCAUUCGUGUUCCCCUUAUCCUUCCUGUCUAACUUAUCCAAAAAGUCUCAACAUGAAAAACUUAGCAUAAGGCAGCAAGUGGUCAUAUGGUGGGCUGGGCUCAUGAGAGGUGCUGUAUCUAUGGCACUUGCUUAUAAUCAGUUUACUAGGUCAGGACAUACUCAACUGAGAGUGAAUGCACUUAUGAUCACCAGCACAAUAACAGUUGUUCUUGUCAGCACUAUGGUAUUUGGUAUGAUGACUAAGCCUCUUAUAAGUUUCUUGCUACCAAAUCCGAAACAUACCACUAGCAUGACCCUAUCGGAUCCCUCUACUCCAAAAUCAUUCACUGCACCACUUCUUGGAAGUGCACAGGAUUCUGAUUUUGGUGUCAUUGACGUGCCCCGACCAAAUAGUAUACGUGCUCUUCUGGCAACUCCAACACACACCGUCCAUCGCUAUUGGCGUAAGUUUGAUGAUGCCUUCAUGCGUCCGGUGUUUGGUGGCCGUGGUUUUGUUCCUUUUGUUCCUGGUUCCCCAACAGAACGAAGAGAGCCUCAAUGGCAAUGAUAACGCAAACAGAACGGGAUCGAACUGUAAAUUAGUUUGUAAGUUGUGUACAUCUGGUAAGAUCAACCAAAUGAAUGACUUUAUUAAGAUCAGCUUAUGAAAUUCUUUUGACAGAACUUGUUUUGGGCGGUGAGUUUGCGCUGUACCAUAUGUUGUUUUAUCAUAUUUAGUAUCAUUAUGCGUUGUGUAUAGGUUUUUUGUUUGCCUCGAACGAUCAAAGGGUGAAUGAAUUGUUUGAUUUUGGUUUUGGCUGGCUCACUAACAAGUGGGACUGUAAGAUAUGAGAGCUUUUUAAUCUAUAUUGUUUUGUAUUGUAUUCUUUGCCCAUAAGUGUAACGUAAUAUUCGCAUUACAAUUGAUGCUUCAAUCCGAGUUUAUUUUUUUUAUUAA